GCAAUCAGCUGUUUCGAGAAAAGGUUCAGAGACUUCUCUACAAGAUAGGAACAAGAUUGAAAUGGAUCAGCAGCUAUACAAUUACUGUACCAAAACAAAUUCAUGGGAAAAAGAUGAUCAUCUGUUGUAUAUUCCUAGUGCUAGGAAUUUUCAUGACAACGGCCUCAAAUGAUCUCAGUUGCCCCGCCACCGAAGCAUGUAAUGGAUCUUUUAUUGCGAUUGAAGAAUCCAGGCAUCUGGAUGGGUCGUGUAACUUGCUAUACAGGAUAAAAAAUAGAAGUAAUUCAAGUGGUUGGGAAAAGUUUGAUUAUUACAUUUUUGAGGAGGAGUCUCCAUGUUCCAAUAUUACUACUUUUGAAGGUUUUGAGUUGAGUUAUCAAAAUGAAAUUGAUGUAAAGAAGUGGUAUUAUAUAAGUUCCUUAGUGAGUAAAUUUGUAAAGAUUGUUGUUAUUAGAAGUACGUCUAAAAUUAUUUUGGACAAGCUUGUUGAGGCUAAAAACGUGUCUACAAUUAUUUUAGAUUCUUGUUGUUUAUAUUUGCCUGGUUCUACGCAAAAUGCCACAGAACCUAAUAACAUAGAAAGCAUCAUUCCCAGUAAUAGCACUGAGAUUCAAGAUGUUGAACAUCCAUAUACAAAAUGUUUUCUAGUAAUAACUGUUGUAGCUGUGAUAAGUUGUAUAGUUAUAAUUGGUACAAUGUGUAUUCUUUUUUAUCACCGAAAGAAGAAUCCAAAACUAGGCAAGCAGCCACAACCUGGUGAUGUACCACUAGACUUGACAGUUACUCCGAAUCAAGUUUGUGAGAUACCGCAGUUUCUAUUUAUUUAUGUCAGUGACAAUCAAUCAUUCAAGGAAGUAGUAAUUUUUCUUCAAAGGAUGAUAGAGAGUACUAAAACAGGUCAAGUGACUGAUCCGUACAAGGAAAUAGAUAAUAUUUGCCGUGAUGAUCCAUUGGCAUGGCUUGCAUCUCGCAUCAGUAGAAACAAUACCAAGGUGGUUUUAUUUUUGAAUGCCAAGAUUAUGAGUUAUUAUAUAACAAAGACAAGUUCUGUGCCUGACGAUCCACUGUCACUUUUGCUGAAUGUAUUCUUCUCUCAAUGGCGCAGUUAUCUUCGCAGUGAACAACUGAUACAUGUUUGCAUGGACAAAAUUUGCAUACCUAAAAACUACAAAAUAUCAAGGCUAUAUGCAUUACCCUCACAUUUUGAUAAACUUAUGCAGGACUUGGAGGUGUGUAUCGAGAAAGACACAAUAACAAAGGAAAGAGAGAAGCUUCAGAGAUAUUAUGAAAAGUAUGAAGAGCCCAUAAGUCUCUGUUAGUUCUGUUAUGUGGAAGAUAAUUCUUAGAAUUAAGACUAUUUUUGAAUGAGGUUGCAGUUCUGAAUGAAACGUGAAUCUCCUGCUGUUAAGCAAGACAAAUAACUUUAAAAUAUUUUUACUACUCUUUUUACUGUUUUUAUAGUAGGAUUAUUAUAACACGUUUUGUGUGCCAGUCUGAAUUUUUGAAAUAUCCUCAUUUUCCUUGAGAGUCUUUAGAGCCAUAAUUUUGUUGGAGGACAGGAAAAAAACACCCCUUGGUAAAGGAAAAUUCUGAAACAGGAACAUUCUGGCGGUGUCAUAUAUUGUGAUAAGUCAGGGUCUGUGAGUAUGUUGUCAACGCUUUCUGAUAAGGGAAGAGGAAAUCAUGUCAUCCUAUGUAAGACUUCUUAGUACCAUCCUAAUAAACAGGAAACACUCA